AUGGACAGAAGUUGGAUGUUUGUUAGAGAUAGGUUUCACAACCCUGACUUCACCAAUGGUUUAAAAACAUUUCUGGAUGCUGCGAAACAACACCUAGAUCAUGAAAAUAAGACGCGUUGCCCCUGUGUUAAAUGUCAAAAUGCCUUGUUGUGUCUUUCUCUACCCGAGAUACGCAGACAUAUACUUGUAAAUGGGUUUGAACAACAUUACACGACAUGGACUGAGCACGGGGAAGAUUUUGUUGAUGUCGCAGACGACCAAAUGUAUGAGGAUUUUGAAAGUGACAGCGAUGAUGAUGAUGAUGACAAUGCUGUGAUGUUGGACAUGUUAAAUGAUGUCCAAGGAGCUAUAAGUAUGGAGACAGAUGAUGAGAACGAUAUUUAUGUUAACAAAUAUGAUUAUUUGUUUAAUGAAGCUCAACGAGAACUGUACCCGGGUUGUACAAAGUUCUCUGCAUUAUCUUUUAUUAUAAAAUUAAUGCAGAUCAAGAUAGAUGGUCGUUGGAGCAAUAAAAGUUUAAAAAAUCUACUGAAAUUGUUAAAUGACUCGUAUCCAAAAGGUGCAUCCAUACCAACAUCAAACUAUGAAGCCAAAAAUAUGUUGCUAGAAUUGGGCUUGGGGUAUGAAUCCAUACAUGCAUGCAAGUAUGACUAUGCACUAUUUUAUGGGAAAGAGAAUAAGAAACUGGAUGAAUGUCCAGUGUGCAAGGAGCCGAGAUACAAGUCUUGUGAUGGCAAACGCAAGAAAGUUCCACAAAAAGUCUUGUGUUAUUUUCCAUUGAAGCCGAGACUUCGGAGGUUGUAUAUGUCGAGACAUACCGCGACUGAAAUGAAAUGGCAUAAAAAAAGAAGACAAAAUGAAGAGGGUUUCCUACGACAUCCAGCUGAUUCUGCCGAGUGGAAACACUUUGAUCAAGAGUAUCCUGAUUUAGCUGCAGAUUAUCGAAAUGUGAGGUUGGGGCUUGCUACAGAUGGUUUUAAUCCAUUUGGAAACAUGAGCACUAGUUAUAGUAUGUGGCCAGUUAUGCUAGUGCCGUACAAUCUGCCUCCUUGGAAAUGCAUGAAAGGAGUGUAUUCAAUGAUGUCAUUACUCAUACCUGGUCCUCGAGCACCUGGGAAAGACAUUGAUGUGUAUCUUCGUCCAUUAAUAGACGAAUUAAAAGAAUUGUGGGAUAUUGGAGUUGAAACUUUUGAUGCCUCUGUUGGGAGAAAUUUUAAUUUGCGGGCAUGUGUAUUGUGGACUAUAAAUGAUUUUCCUGCUUACGGAAAUUUAUCUGGGUGGAGCACAAAAGGGUACAAAGCUUGUCCUGUUUGUAACGAAGAUGUAACUUCAGAGGGGUUGAGAGGAAAAUUAUGUUUUAUGGGAGCUCGACGAAAUUUGCCUGAGGAUCAUGAGUGGAGAAGGAGUAAAUAUUUUAACGGUUUAGUUGAAGAUCGUCCUCCUCCCAGAUUAUUUUCUGGGGAUGACAUAUUGCGGCAAUUAGAUCGUGUUUAUAAAGCUAGGCCUGGAAAACAUCCUGACAAUCCUGAUUUAAAGUGA